AUGUAUCCUUGGAAAGGAGCCCUUUCCUGGGCCGAGUCAACUCAACUGCAAAUUGAUGCCCUGGGAUUGAUAACUAUCCUUGGGGUAGACGAGGUCAAUAUUAGUGUUGGCCGUCUCGUCUCGAGCCGUUAUGUCGAGUUCCUUCCGCUGCUCGGUGCCUUUGUGCUUGCAGGCAACCAUUUUACCAAGAAGCAGCCUAAUUUUGUUCUCUACAACCUUACGGAGGGUGUGAUGACUACAGAGCUCGCUGGCUGGUUUUCUCGGUGGCUGAAAGCGCAGGAAUUCCAUCAAAUUCACCAUAGGAUUCAGUGGGAGGCUCGAGACCUGGGAGGGUCGACGGCAUCACCCUGGACAGCACUGGCGGUGAGUGUACCUUGUAAUGGAAUCAUGGUGGCACUCACCGUGCUGUCAGCAGAUUGGUGGGGCUUCGUAAACGUCUUCGCCAUGCUUGCAUCGGUCGCCGUGCGAGUUGUGCUUGUAAGAGAGAAUCAGGCCGGCAUCGACAGAGCUAUCCAGGAAAGGUUCAAGGAGGAGGAGCCUAAAAACAAGGGCCAACUUGCGAAAGUUAUCGUGGUCACGGAUGAUUCCAAGGUCAUCACAAUGAAAAUCCCGCGUGUUCUUGUGGGGCGUAUCUUCACGCAAACCCCACAAGUCCCCCAUCCCAUUGCUUACGAGUGUUCACGUUGGAUAGGCUGGGUAGCCUUUGGGGUUCAAAUCAUCAGUCUUGGCAUGGCUUCGUUGCUGACACAGAUAUGCACUGUUGUUCUGAUCGUGCUAUCAACUGUCCUCACCGUUUUCAAAUUUGGCUGCGAUGACCGGCGACUGCGAACAUCUAUAAUAGAUGCAACGGGAAAGCAAAAACACUCUUCAGAAUUUCAGGAGAAUAUAAAAACACGGUGUUCCAUUUCUCCAGCACUGACUGCCAUCUGCUCGGAAUACCCUGACCACAACGACGGCUGGUUUCAAAGGGACAACGAGAACAACUCCUCAGAGAGUGGUGAUUACACCAGAAGUUCGGCGAACGAGGAAAAUCCUCCGCCCGGAUUACAUUCUGACGUGGAAGCGCAACGCGAAAAUGGUUCUGAUCAAGGCUCAAAAAGGCCAAGACGUCGUCAAAAUCUUUUUGUUUGGAUGGGCCUAUCUGAGAGCGAAUUGGUCCUCAUGGAAAACUGGAACCUUGUACCCCGCUUCCAGAAUGAGGAUUGGUGGAAAGAUUUCGAUGAGAAGUGCCAAAGCCCCGACGGUCGUGGCGAGAUUUUGCCGAUUUGCAUCCAACCCUAG